AGUAAUCAUUUAAAGUUUCGAUUGGUGUGCAUUUAUUAUUUCUAUGUGCGUCCAAUCAAAUUCUCUCGUUUUAUUAAGUAGUUUGCGAAAGUGCUGCCAAUAUUUGAUAGAUAUGAAAUUUUUACGUAGGUGUUGGCACACAUUGUGCAAUAUUUAUGAUUUUUAAGAUCAAACGGGAAUGCCCCCGGACUAUGUGUCUGUCGUGUCGGAUAUCUAGUUGCAGGAUAUGAGGAAAUUUGAUCCUGUGAGAGCUUGCAAAGGUGGAUCGUUCGACUGUUUCGUUUGUUUUUUUUUUUUUUUAUUGCUCGAUAAGUUUUGUUGGAGAUAGAUUGUGCGAAGUGUAACAAUUGACCAAAAAGAGGGAACAUAUACGUGCCGACAACGCACAUUUAUAUGAGCCUACUAAAUUUUAUACAAGAUAGAAGGCAAGUACACAAAAACACUCAUGGAGUCAACAAACGAUAGUCAGUCCAACAAUGAGUUUACACCAAGGGCAUAUCAAAUUGAUUUAUAUGAGAGAGCGAUACAGAAUAACACAAUUAUUUAUUUGCCAACUGGUGGAGGGAAAACCUAUAUCGCUGUUAUGCUUCUGAAGUAUUUGAGUAAAGAUUUACACAUACCUUAUAACGAAGGUGGAAAACGAAGUAUAUAUAUUGUAAAUACAGUUGUCUUGGUGAUACAACAAACAGAAUAUUUAAGAAGACAUUCAGGAUUAACUUGCAAUGGUUAUAGUGGAGAUAUGCAUGUAGAUUUUUGGAGCAAAGAUAAAUGGAUAACUGAAAUAGAAAACAAUCAAGUUCUAGUAAUGACUUCACAGAUUUUUGUGGAUUUACUUCUGCAUGGGUUUAUGACAUUAGAUAAAGUAAACUUAAUUAUAUUUGAUGAAUGUCAUCGAGCUGUUUGUAACCAUCCCAUGAGACAAAUCAUGCAACGAUUUGAGGAUUGUCCAAAAGAGCAUCAGCCUAGAGUGUUGGCCAUGUCAGGAACAUUAUUAAAUGCUAAUGUAAAGUUAGAUAAAAUUGAGAGUACAAUCAGGACUUUAGAAAUAACAUUUCAAGCAAAGGUAGCGACUGUUGAUUCAACAAAUUCUGUUCAAGGCUUUUGUACAAAUCCAAAAGAAUUUAUUGUCAAAUAUGAGGAGUAUAAAAUUCCUGCAAUGGUAGAAAAAAUUAAUUUGAUGACGGAAGAAUCUUCAAAUAUAUUGAAAAAUUUAACUUUUUCUAUCGAUUUAAUUUACUAUGAGUCUGCUCCAGAAUUUCGGCCUAAAACAAAAUGUUCCAAAUUCGAGUCCAUUAUACGUGACAUAGGAUUGGUUGCUAAGCAAGCAGGCAUUUAUGGCGGUAGUAAGUCAGCUCUGAUACAUAUAAUUCAACUGGAAUGUUUGAGAAAAAACAGUGAUGAUGCGACAGUAAAUGUCGUUCUGGAUUAUUUAAUUACACAAGUGAUGUGUAUGAUGAAAUUAUUUGAAAAUGAAAUGAAGAAUUUUACAGAAUUGGACCAACUAUAUAAAUUUACUUCCGAUCAAAUUCACAAGUUAUUUGAUACAUUGAAAAAGUUUAAGGAAGAAAUGUCGAAAAACCAAGAAUUUUGUUGUAUUAUUUUUGUCAAAGAGAGAUUUACGGUACAAGUGAUAUAUCACAUAUUAAUCAACCUGUCCGCGUAUGAUGAGCAAUUCAGUUUUCUAAAGCCUGAUUAUAUACUUGGAUUCCAAAAUAAUCCGUACAAACAAGCUUUAGAAUCUUCAUACAUCGCAAAAUGGAAUAAAGAAGUAUUGAAAAGAUUUAGAACUGGUUUGUCAAAUUGCAUCGUAGCAACUGAUGUUAUCGAUGAAGGUGUGGACAUACCAGCUUGCACAUUGAUAAUACGAUAUGAUCUUCCUACGGAUUUUAGAGCGUAUGUUCAAAGUAAAGGACGUGCACGUCACAAUAUGAGUCAUUAUGUUGUCUUGAUGCCAAAUAAUGAUGUUUCUUUUCUUAAAAAAUAUGAAUAUUACAAAUAUACAGAAACACGACUAAAAUCGAGUUUGAUAGGACAAAGUGAUCUGCGCUCAUUGCCUACUGAGGAUGAUAUUACAAACGUUUUGUAUUCAUAUGAGAUUGAACCGUAUAUUGUAAAGCGAGAUGAUACAAUAAUAACUUCUCUUACGGCUACGGCCGCGGUUAUCUUGAUAAAUUCAUAUUGCUCUACGCUAAUGUCAUCUAAGUUUGUUCAAUUGGUCCCCACUUGGAAGUUAUACAAGAACGAGUCUUCAGAUCCUCCAACGUUUAAGGUAUCUCUCCGACUUCCGUCAAUAUCACCUCUGAAAACCGAAGUCGUAGGUGAUUAUAUGAGUAGCAUAAAUGGUGCUAAACGAUCUGUCGCUAUGAAGGCCUGCAAAAAAUUGCACGAGAUAGGCGCACUGACCAACGAAUUACGGCCCGUAUGUCCAAACACUAUAUUAAAUCUGACAGAUUCUUCCUUAUUUCCAAACUGGAUAGACGAAAAAGAUUAUUCAAAUGUUCCUGGCACGUAUAAAAAACGUCGGGAACAUAAAUUGGAGUAUCCAACAGUAUUAUAUGGAGCAUUUCCAAAGUCUUCCAAACAAUUAUAUCUUCACAUUCUCCAUUGUAUUCCCACAUAUUCUGUGAUGGAUUACGACAAUAGACGUGUGGUUUUCUACGAACUACUUAGAAACAAAAGCGGAUUUGGUAUCCUUUCCACAACAAAAAUGCCGCUGAUACCAACUUUUCCGCUUUUUAUGAAGGAUGGAAAUUUAAAUGUCGAUAUAAAAUCUAAUCAUUCAACGAUGACAUUAAGCGAAAAAGAAAUUGAAAUGCUAAGAAAAUUUCAUUUCUUAUUGUUUAGCGAAAUCAUUCCUGUUAUUAAAUGCUUUAUGAUCUUCGAUAAUGAUAAUCUUGAAAAUUCCUUUCUAAUUGUUCCGUUGGACGAUAAUCAAAACAUAAAUUGGGACGUUGUUGGGACAUAUCAACAUUUAGAUCGAAUUAUGCCUUCCAAGCCUUUUUGCUUCAAAACUAGCGAUUACGACUUGGCUUUAGUCACUCCAACUUACAGGGGAUCGGCGAAUGUUUACAUAGUUACACAUGUGUGUGACGAUCUCACUCCCGAAUCACCUUUCCCUAAUGAAGACUUUGACACUUACACGCAUUAUUACAGAGAAAAGCACGGGUUACGUAUAGAAAAUUUGCAACAAGCGAUGUUGGAGGUAAAACCGAUACCAGUGAAAAUUGACUACAUAAAACCGAGAAAAUCAGCUGGCAAACAGGCGAAGUAUAAGAAAGCAGACGACACGGUGGAGGAUCUUCAAGAGCAUUUGAUACCGGAACUCUGUUGGAAAAUAAACUUUCCAGCUUUAUACUGGCUGAAGGCGACCACGUUGCCGUCUAUUCUUCACAGACUCUCUCAGCUUUUGAUCGCGGAAGACUUGAGACAAAUUAUUACAAAAGAGACCUACUUGGGAACAUUGGCGGGACAAGAAUGUUUAGCAUUAACAUUAGAGACAGAUGUUGAAAUAUUAAAGGAUGACGAUUCUAUCAAUGAAUCGGACUUAACGUUAGAUGAUUCGAUUGAAAGAGUACCAUUGGACCUACUGGAUCUAAAUAAUGUGUACGAAUCAGGUGAUUGUAAUCCGUGCGAAGAUCAAGAACCUCAGGAUUUAUACCGCAACAUAGAACAUAUUCAAAUGAUCGAUAUUAAAUAUUAUAAUUAUUUUAUGUUUACAAGAAGUAAAGAAAAUAAUAAUCUUCAGAGACAGAAAAGUAUGAACAAUAAUAUCGGGCAAUAUAUAGCAAGACAAGUGAUAUCAACGCCGUCGUUGACAAUGUUGUCGUUUGAGGGAAUGUCUCACGUACAUGGUCCUAGUGCGAUAGAGAUCAUGCAUGCACUUACCACCAAACUCGGCAUAGACAUGUUCGAUCUGGAACGUUUGGAAACCUUGGGCGAUUCCUAUCUGAAGUUCGCCACGUCGCUUUAUUUAUUUCAUAAAUUCCCGUAUUUCAGCGAGGGCUACCUGACAGCGAUCAAGGGAAAGAUAAUUGGCAAUCGUAAUCUUUAUUACUGUGGCGCUAAAAAAAAUAUUCCGGGUCGCAUAAAGAACGAUGCCUUUGUGCCUAGGAGCAAUUUUAUUGCACCCGCUUACACGGUGCCACGCUUAUUGCAAGCGCAAUUACUCGAGGAUUCGGUGGCGCCGAACGUGUUGUACGAACUUCGAAUACCGGAGGAAGAAAGAUUUUCCGGACACACGAGCGAGGAUACGCAAAAUUCAAUUCAGCAAAUAGUGAGCGGUUGGGACAAAGGGGACACGCAAACCGGGUUCGAACAUUAUCUCGGUGUUCAAAUUCUGUCCGAUAAAACCGUAGCAGACUCGGUAGAGGCGUUAAUUGGCGUUUAUCUCAGGAGCAACGGCAUAGUAGGCGCCGCAACGUUACUCAAAUGGUUCGAAAUAUUACCGGACAUUAACAUAGACAUAUUACUGAACACAACUCCGCUCAAACCCGUGUAUUACACUGAGAAUCUUGCUCUCCACAUGCCAUGGGCAACGGCUUUGGAAACGCGGUUCAAUUACAAAUUUAAAGAUCGAGCUCUCUUGCUGCAGGCAUUCUCGCACCCGUCUUACACAGCCAACAAAUCAACCGAUUGUUACCAAAGAUUGGAAUUUCUCGGGGACGCUGUUUUAGAUUUCUUAAUUACAUGUUAUAUUUAUGAAAACUGUGGAGGUUUGACCCCUGGCGAACUCACUGACCUGAGAUCCGCCCUGGUCAACAACAUAACAUUUGCUUGUUUGUCCGUACGAUACGGUUUACAUACCUGCUUGUUAGCGUAUGCUCCAGUAUUACACGAAGCAAUAGAUCGCUUUGUGAAAUUCCAAGAAGAGCGAGAUUAUAUAGUUAACGAUGAGCUAUUGUACGUGUUACUCGAAGAAGACGACUGCAAUAUAGCAGAAUAUGUUGAUGUUCCGAAAGCUCUCGGAGAUAUAUUUGAGUCUUUAGUCGGAGCGAUUUAUCUCGAUACCGGGAAAAAUCUAACAAAAGUUUGGGAAAUUGUCUAUUCUGUUAUGCACAAAGAAAUUGAGGAAUUUAGCAGAAACGUUCCUAAACAGCCAGUACGCGUGAUACACGAAACCACGGAUGCUCGCCCUAAGUUUUUAGAAGCGACAUCGGUUGAAGGCACUAGCGUAAUUAUGGUGCCUUUAAGAAUAAUUGUUGCCGGAAAAGAGAAGAUUUUCUAUGGUUUUGGAAGUAAUAAAAAACAAGCUAAAUGCGCCGCGGCGAAACAGGCGUUAAAAAGAUUGAGACAAGAGAAAUAAAAAGAUAAUUGUUUAUCUCAACAGAUUGCCAGUAUAUCCGAGCAGAAUGUUAAAAACAGAUCAACUUUUUAUACAUGUUUCCCAUUAUGCUCGUGCGCCAGCAAAAAGUCCGCUGACAUUAUUAUUAUUUACAUGUUUAUACGGCAUUUAUUGAAAAAAAGAUGAUAAUUAUUAUUGUUAUUAUUGUAUU